CAGUUCCGGCGGAAGGAAGACGGCAGGGCCGUGUUGCGGCGUGGGCUCGGGAUGGUGCAGGACCCGCGGGGACAGCUGGUGGCCGAGCUGCUGCUGUCGGGCGGGGGCGGCGGGUGGCAUCGUGUGCCUCUGCUCCCGCGCCUUCGUGGAGGAUCGGAAGUUAUAUAAGCUGGGAUUGAAAGGAUUUUAUAUCAGAGAUGACGAUGAGAGUACGGGAGAGGAACAAGGAUCUGAGCGGGAAAAUGGUUGUCCCAGUGUGACAUUGGGAGUGGACAUUGAUUGUGCUCUGGACCUGGAAGAAGCUGAACUGGACUCGGAGGCUGAGCUUAUGAAGAGCAUGGGGUUACCUCUUCACUUUGGUGGGCACUCAGCUCACAGGGACUUUGUGGCAAAAGAAAAAUAUAGAAAGAGAAGUAACAUGAAGUUUAUGAAAAAGAAAAAGAAGAAGAGAAAAGAGUUACAGCAAAAACACCAGGAUAAAAUGGAGCAGAGAUGCCAGGAUCACACUUGUGGUGAUCAUAAGCAGUCCAUCUCAGAUGAGCCAGCCUCAGCUACAGAGCAAAGUGCAAAAAACAGCCAAUCUCAGAUUGCAGGUGAAGGGAACUGUGGAAUUUCAGAGAGUCUCGUUAAUGAAGCCUUACCCAUUGAACAGAAAUGGGAGAAGUAUUGGAACGAGUAUGGAGAGGGCCUUCUUUGGCAAAGCUGGCUGGAGAAGCAUAAAGAUGUCUCAUCACCUGAAGCCAUGACAGCAUCUGAGCCUUGGAACAGUCCAGACACCAAGGAGGAGUGGGAGCAGCAUUAUAGUGAACUGUACUGGUAUUACUGGGAACAGUUUCAGUACUGGACAAAUCAGGGGUGGACGACGGAGAGCUCACAUGCUGACAGUGUUCAGCUGAAUGGGGUUAUGCAGGAGACUGAUCUUUUGCAAGAAAUGAACCUGGUCAGCCCAGAGGCUGAAGGCAGCAAAGUGCUGAUCUUGGAGCUGUCUCCUUCUCACACCAGAAGUGAGGAAACACUCACUUCAAGUGUUGAGCCCCAUGAUGAGAUAAUCUCUGGGAUUUGUAAUUUAAACCUAAAUUUGGAUGCGUUGGAGCAGAGCAGUGCACUUUUAACAGUAACCAAUGAAGAUCUUCAAGAACACAGUUCAUGUAACAGUGAAAGCCAGAGUCCCUGUGUUUCAAGCCAGAAGGAACCAUGUGAUGGAGGAACCAGGAAAAGGAGAGCAUCUUGUGAAAAUAGAAGUAUUAACCAGUCAGGUUCCCAGGAGUCAGGUAACUCAUGUAGCUUAAAUGACAAAGAACAGUUGCCGCUUUGUGAUCAAAAUGAAGAUGAAGGAGAAGAAGAGCCCCCUGAAAACAGGUGUGCCAAAGUCAAGAGAAGCCAUGAACUGGAUGUGGAUGAGAAUCCAGUGGAAGAUCCCGAGGAAACCUGUUCUAUUUUGGGCUUCAAGUGUGGUGCAGGACAAAAGUAUGGUGGAAUUCCAGAUUUCACUCACCGAAGUGUUCAGUACCUGGAGAAAAAAGCAAAACUCAAGUCCAAAUUUUUGGACAUGCGUAAACCAAGGAAGAGCAAAAACACACACAUCUUCUUUACAGAAGAGCCAGACAUCUUGCAAAAAAAUAAAACUCUAAAGAAGGUGGAAGCGUUCCUGAAGCAGGUUAAUGAGCCUGUAGAGGAAACCAUGUACCAGAAAGUCUCUCCUCUGGGUAAAGUAGAGGAGUCAUCAACAAGCAGUGACUCGGAGGAUCAGGAAAGUAUCACCACUGCACGGAGUGUGAGAUUCAGUAUGGAAACUCCUGAGCUGCUGCCUUCCAGCGUGGUUGGUGGUAAACCUGGGAUGAGUAAGCUGGAAGAGGUGAUGGAUGCAACAGCAAACAGUGCUGGAUGCCAGGGAAGGGAAAAGCCCGAGUGUGGCUCUGGAAGGGUGCUGGUCCCUCUGGACAUACCAGAUUAUCUCCAGGCAGAAAUGGAGGAUGUGAGCCCAGUUGUAGAUGAAAAAAAUACUGCAAAGAAGAAAGAGAGAAAAAGGAGGAGAAAGCACAAGAUUGCACUGGGAGAAAUACCUCCUGAGAUUGCUGCGGAUCCUGAGCUGAUCAAGUACUGGGCUCAACGCUACAGGCUGUUCUCCCGCUUUGAUGAGGGGAUUAAACUAGAUAGAGAGGGCUGGUUUUCUGUUACUCCUGAGAAAAUAGCAGAGCAUAUUGCAGUCCGUGUGGCUCAAUCAUUCAACUGUAAUACAAUAGUGGAUGCCUUCUGUGGGGUUGGAGGAAAUGCUAUUCAGUUUGCUUUGACCUCAAAAAGGGUGAUCGCUGUUGAUAUAGAUCCUGAGAAACUCAGCCUUGCACGCAGCAAUGCCGAGGUGUACGGCGUGGCCAACCAGAUUGAAUUUGUGUGUGGUGACUUCAUGGUGCUGGCUGCUGACCUGAAAGCAGAUGUUGUGUUCCUCAGCCCUCCUUGGGGUGGGCCUGACUAUGCCACUGCUGAAAUCUUCGACAUCCAAACUAUGAUUUGCCCAGAUGGAUUUGAAAUUUUCAGGCUCUCCAAGAAGAUCACAAACAACAUUGUGUAUUUUCUACCUCGGAACGCUGACGUUAACCAGAUCGCUUCCUUGGCAGGGCCAGGAGGGAAAGUUGAAAUAGAACAAAAUUUUCUCAAUAACAAACUGAAGACAAUAACAGCUUAUUUUGGGGAUCUGAUAAGGCCUGACCUCUCCUGAAUUUCACGUACAUUCUUCCAGACACAACCUCCUUGGGUACUUUACUUCAUAAACCUUUGUACAACUGGCUUGUCCAAAAUGACGUAAAGCUGUUUUCUGCUUUAAUUUCUGUUCCGAAAAAUGUUAUGUUCAUUGCCAAUAAAUGUUUUAUAAGAAUUCUGGCAAAUUUCUAAAACUAGAGCAGCUGUGAACGUAGAAGAAACUUUCUAACACAGUCUUGCAAGAUCAGCCAGUUGAAAGGGACCUGGGGACUUCAUUGCAACUCUGAUGUGUGCUGCUGCGGUACUUACUCCAUUGUGGAUGUUCAGGGUGUUGAAUAGUUUGAAAGACACCAAGUGUCAAGAACUGUCUGUGCUGACAAAACAUGAGCACCUGAACAUAACAUGGACCUAUGUGGUAUGAUACACGCUGCCAGGUGCCGCUGACAUCUGGCUUCUCAGGCUCCCUGCUUGCCUGGAAACCUUCUCAGGUUUCUUCAUGGUAUAAUGGCCUACACAUUUGCUAUAGUGAGUUCUGCAGCUUGCUGCAACUUACAGAGAGAAUAGGGUGUGUUUGUGGCUGGCAACAGGGCUGUACCCUCUCCUUUGCUAUUUAUUCUUUUUCCCCCUCUUACAGAUACUGAGGAGAAACCUGACUGGAGGUUGGUCCCAGUAGCUUUACUGGAAGAGUUACGCGCAGGUUUCAUCCUCUUUUGGACACCUGCUCCUCAUGCAAGCAGCAUGGAGCAGCAGAGGGAGCACUAAUCCCCAGUGGGAAUAAUCCACUCCCAGUCUGGGUUUUGAGGGAGAACAGUUGCCUUCAGACAUUUCUUCAAGCAGAAAAGGACUCAGACAAGAAGAGAAGUGUCUGUAGGGUACAGACAUGAACUUCUCGCUGAAACACGCUUACAGAAAGUAUAUGAGAUUAAUCUUGAUAGUGCUUAUGAGGUAAGAGUGUAGGAGUACCAUUUUGAAGAUGAAAAGAUUCUCCUCUACUUGGAGUGCAGCAAAUCAUGAUGUUGAAGGCAGCAAAGGCUAAGCGCUGAACCAUGGAUCUGUGCUGAUGAGCAAAGCUUUGUAGAAUGACAGCAUGGAACAACGAAAUGAGAGGAAUUUUCUUUAAAGAUAAUAAAGAUAUAUUUAAAUCUUUAAAUCAGUUAAGAGACUAGGGUUCAUGUAUGCGGGUUGUUAAAAAUAUAUGUGCAACUUGACUCAUUGCAAGUGUCAAAAUGCAGUAGAGAAGCACCUAGGAAAUAAUUUUCCAAAAUGUAUUGUCCUUCCAGUACCAGACAACUUCUGAAGUGUUAAAUGAGCAUUUCCUACCUUCACAUGAGGUGUAAUGUUUUGACUAUUUAACUUGCAUCACUGCAUUAUUUCCACUGUGCUGAAGAACUGCUGUGAUGGUGCAGGCCCCCAUGCCAGUAUUUAAAAGGAGGUAGAAAGAGGGGAAACUACCUGCUCUGCAGUGUUUCCUAAAGAAUGGCAAGGGGGAUUGUGUACUGUACACCUACUUCUUCCUCAGAAAUGUGUUGGAUUUGCAGACAAUCCUUUUGCUAUGAGGAGGAAGAGGAGAGGGGCAAGUGCUGAUAUUACAGGUCCAAGCCUACUGCAGCAGUAGCAUGUAAAUGUAGUGAUGUUAUUAAAAUUCCACUCUGAGCUAAUUUAAAAAAAAAAAAUUACAAGGCCAAAUGAAAAAUAAAUGUAUACUCAGUAUGUUAUAGUUUUCUGUACACUGAAAUUUGACCACAUUGGGCCUGCAGCUGCUUAAGUUGUCAUCUUAUUUUUUGGUCCUUCUUCUUUCCCAUAGUUAAGAAUAACUUUAGAAGCAUUUUGAGAUCUCACUAACACCACUCGUUUCACCUUGUUUUACCGCUUGUUUUAUAAGACAAGUGGUCUGAUUUUGUUCAGCGUCCAGUUUUCAGGAAGUAGAAGCUGAAAUAUGACAUACAAAGUACAACACUUACUGUUCCAAUGAUUGCUUCCAAUUUAGUGAACUUAAUGAUAAAAAUGGAAGUCUAGUUAAGGGCUUUUCCUGAGCCUGGCAAGCAUGUUAAGAGUCAAAAAUGGAAGAAUAACCUUGUUCAUGCCUGUUCUUCUGUGUUAACCAAGAAGUGCAAAAGAGCUGUGUUAGCUGAUUGGUUAAUUUGUUUUGCAUAUCACUUGAAGUCAGAAUGGACUCUGCUGGGAUGGUUGCUGCCGGUUUUGUGCUCAGUGCAGUUUCCCGUGGUGGAGAGUCACUCAAUUAAACCUAAUGGACUGACCCUAAUAAAACCUUAAGCCUUACAUACCUCUAAGAGCAUUCACUUCAUGGAUGUCAGUAGUUUCAACCAACAAACUCUUCAUAGAGGACAGCAUCAGUCGUUAUAUGAGUUUCUGUAAGGUGUUGUUCUGCUUUGUAUUUUGGAAAAAAAAAUGUAACGUGAUGAAACAGAAUUAAAUUUCCGGUGUUUUAA